CUGUUGCCCUUCUCCGUGGGUAGGCCAGAUUCCGCAGGCUUACUGUUUCCUGUUAAGCUAAUUCAGACGCCGAAUCCCCAUAGUGCCCCCUUGGAAUUCCAAGCUGUGCCCUGAUUAUCGCUGAUCAUUUGGCCUGCACCUGUCCGAGGCUUUCUUCUUCAUAUCUCAUUCCUAUGGGCAUCUGACCUGUCGCCUGAAACCUAGGCUUGCUGGCUCCUUACAAUAGCUCUUGUCCUAACUCUUCCUUUGGCUCCUGCAUUGAGCAUCCCCAAUUGCAUCAUGGCGACAGUCACCGAAGUGAGGACAGAGGUUCUUGCUCUCCCGCUCAAGUCGGGUCCCAUCACAGUAGAUCAAGAGGAGAUUUCGAGGUUCGACCUUUCAGAUUUACCGCUACCACCGCCAUCCAAGGAACCUACGGAGGUUCUCAAUGUGGAUAAACCUACGCCGGAUUACCACGUUCCUCGAGACCCUCGUUUGAUCCGGCUAACGGGUGUGCACCCCUUUAAUGUCGAACCACCCCUCACAGCAUUGUACAAUGAAGGUUUCUUGACUUCGCCGGAGUUGUUCUACGUUCGAAACCACGGUCCUGUUCCUCUGGUCAAGGAUGAAGACAUCCCUAAUUGGGAGAUAAGUAUUGAAGGUCUGGUUGAGAAGCCACUCGUUUUGAACUUCCGUCAGAUACUGCAGCAAUACGACCAGAUCACUGCCCCCAUCACCAUGGUGUGUGCAGGAAACAGACGAAAAGAACAGAACACCGUACGGAAAUCCAAGGGCUUCUCAUGGGGCUCGGCCGGCUUAUCAACGGCGCUCUGGACUGGUCCUAUGAUGGCAGACAUCCUGCGCAGUGCUAAGCCUCUUCGCAAAGCCAAGUAUGUUUGUAUGGAGGGAGCGGAUAAACUGCCCAACGGAUACUAUGGCACAUCCAUCAAGCUCAACUGGGCCAUGGACCCUAAUAGAGGAAUCAUGCUUGCUCAUAAGAUGAACGGGGAGUCACUUCGUCCGGAUCAUGGACGCCCGCUCAGGGUGGUUGUGCCAGGCCAGAUCGGUGGCCGGAGUGUCAAGUGGCUGAAGAGGCUGAUACUCACCGAUGCACCGAGCGACAACUGGUAUCAUAUCUAUGAUAACCGCGUUCUGCCGACAAUGAUCUCACCUGAAAUGUCUGCGAAUGAUCCCAAUUGGUGGCGUGAUGACCGUUAUGCGAUUUACGAUCUCAAUGUCAACUCUUCUGUGGUAUAUCCUCAACAUAAGGAGAUGCUUGAUCUCUCGUCGGCUGGACCGACGUACACUCUCAAAGGGUAUGCGUAUGCAGGAGGUGGUAGAAGACUCACACGAGUUGAGAUCUCCCUGGACAAAGGGAAAACAUGGCGGUUAGCAGACAUCACAUAUGCUGAAGACAAGUACCGCGAGUUCGAAGGCGAUCUAUUUGGUGGUAAAGUUGACAUGUUCUGGCGCGAAACAUGCUUCUGCUGGAUUUUCUGGUCUCUUGAUAUUGCUGUACCAGAACUUGCAGACAGUGACGCCAUUCUCGUCCGCGCAAUGGACGAGGCCCUAAGCAUCCAACCUCGCGACAUGUACUGGUCUGUCUUGGGGAUGAUGAACAACCCCUGGUUCCGGGUGACCAUCACCAAGGAGAACGGAAUGCUCUUUUUCGAGCACCCCACCGAUCCUACUGGAGCUGGUGGCUGGAUGGAGCGUGUCAAGAAGACGGGAGGUGAUUUGGCAAAUGGCAACUGGGGCGAGCGUCACGAAGGUGAAGAACCAGCAGUCCCUGAGGUUGAAAAGGAGAUCAACAUGAAGAAAGAAGGUGUGACCCGUAUGAUUGGCUUGCAAGAGUUCAAGAGCAAUUCCAGUGAGGAAAAGCCUUGGUUUGUCGUCAAUGGCGAGGUGUACGACGGCACCGCCUUUCUUGAGGGUCACCCUGGUGGAGCUCAGAGCAUCAUCUCGUCCGCUGGAAUCGACGUCUCGGAGGACUUUCUUGCGAUUCAUAGCGAAACAGCCAAAAAGAUGAUGCCCGACUAUCACAUUGGUACGAUGGAUAAGGCCUCCGUGGAGGCGCUCAAGCAGAACGACGCACCAAAAUCAGACGAACCGCGCGCCGAGUUCCUUCAAUCUCGAUCAUGGUCCAAGAUAACACUCACCAAAAGAACGGACGUAUCGUGGGACACGCGUAUCUUCACUUUCCAGCUGGAACACGAAAAGCAGACUUUGGGUCUACCCAUCGGUCAACACCUUAUGAUCAAGGUUCCAGACCCCUCCUCCAGCAACGAGUCUAUCCUCCGCUCGUAUACCCCCAUUUCUGAAACCAGUCAACAAGGGACGAUGGAUUUGCUGGUCAAGAUCUAUUUUGACACUCCCACACAGAAAGGUGGUAAGAUGACUACUGCCCUCGAGAAACUACCAUUGGGGUCUGUCAUCGACUGCAAAGGCCCGACGGGCCGGUUUGAAUACCUUGGCAACGGCAAGGUUCUUGUCGGCGGCAAGGAGCGAUUUGUGCGCUCAUUCAAGAUGAUUUGUGGAGGAACCGGGAUCACGCCCGUCUUCCAAGUCCUGCGUGCUGUCAUGCAGGACAAGGAGGACCCCACCACCUGCAUUGUUCUAAACGGCAAUCGACAAGAGGAGGACAUCCUCUGCCGCGCAGACCUCGAUGCCUUUGCAGCGAUGGACGACAAGAAGUGUCAGAUCAUACACACCUUGACUCAGGCUCCCGAUAGCUGGACCGGUCGUCGGGGCCGCAUCGCGGAAGAUAUGCUCAAAGAGUUUGCCGUCAAUGACGGGGAGAGCAUGGUUCUUGUCUGUGGCCCGGAAGCCAUGGAGAAGUCAGCCCGCAAGAUCCUGCUGGCACAAGGAUGGGCAGAGGCAGAUCUGCAUUUUUUCUGAUUUUGGCCUAUUUCGAUAAAGUUGUCAGUAGAACUAUCUAGUAUGGUAUAAUGUCCGUAGCAUGAAAAUACGAG